AAUGACAAAAAUGCCAAAUCGAUAAUUUGUAAUCACUGAUGUUUCUGAAUUUGUGAUUCAAUUCAAUUAUGUAUGUUAUCCUUUAACUAAUAAUUAUUGUGACUAAACCGCUAUAUAACGAACGUCUAUAAAGAAAAUAUUUAUAAAACAUGAAUUCGGCUACGCCCGGUGUCCCCCAGGUGCCGUUGUUAGAUGACGACACUAUCGCGUUUGGGGAAGAGGACAAUGCUAAUAAACAGUUUGUACAUCCAUACAUAGUGUUCUUUCAUCUAAUAUUCCGGUGUUCAGCCAUAGUGGUAUACAUACUGUGUGGUUGGUUCUCCGACUCCUUCAUAGCAAGCUUUGUGCUUGUUGUCCUGUUACUGUCUGCUGACUUUUGGACUGUCAAAAAUAUUAGUGGACGUCUCUUAGUUGGUUUGAGAUGGUGGAACUAUGUUGAUGAUGAUGGCAAGUCACACUGGGUAUUUGAAUCCAGACAGAAUCGCGUGAACAGGAACGAAAGUCGAUUAUUUUGGAUGGGUCUCAUACUGUGCCCACUCAUCUGGUCUGGUUUCUUCAUCAUUUGCUUAUUAAGCCUUAAGUUCAAAUGGAUGCUGCUCGUCAUGAUCGCGCUCACAUUGACAGGCGCGAAUCUAUACGGAUACGUCAAAUGCAAAUUUGGCGCCAAAGAGAACUUGAAGUCGGCGACCACAGACUUCGUAAAGAAACAGUUGUUGGCUAAUGCGACCUCCUUCAUGUUUACACAACCCGCGCCGCCCACAGUGAACCCUAAUACGGGUGUUGUUUAAGAUUUAAUUAAAUAUUUCUAUAAGACUUUGUGCGUUUUGUGUUGAAGAAUUUUUUAUAUAAUAAUGAAGUUAAAUAAAAAUAAAAUCGCUUCAACUUGAUAUAUUUCAUUCAAUUGAGUAUUAUAUCUUUUGAUUGAUUGUUCUCAUGGGAGAGAUACAAAAACUUAUACUAUAUAAUACAAAUGUUUGUCUUUUUCACUAAUUUACACAGUAUGGCAUACAUUUAUUUAGGGUGUUCCUUUGAGCCUAUAUCAUUAAAUUAUUAAGUAAUCAUUUGGAUGAAGUUUUUGAUGAAGAUCCAUAAUUCGAGUCAAAAUUAUUACUCUAUUUUAAUUUUUGUGAUAAAUUUUAUCAUUUCCAUAGAUGUAAGAUUUUUAGUGAUAAAUAAAAUAUCUAUAGUUAAGUAUUUAUAAUAAAUAUGUAUAAAAUUAA